AUGAUUGCUCGACCAUCUGACGCGCUGACCCGGGUGUUGGGAAGAGUGUUCAUCAGGACGUACUUCACGUUCGACGGGACAAUCUACGAACAGGUGAAGGGCACACCAAUGGGUUCGCCGAUUUCGGGGUUCAUCGCCGAGGCGCUCUUGCAACGGUUAGAGUCGCUGGUCUUCCAACAACACAAACCGACGUUCUGGGCCCGGUAUGUGGAUGAUACCUUCGUCGUUAUCGAUAGGGAUCAACUGCUGGCAUUCAAGGAACGUCUGAAUGCGGUCUUCCCGGACAUACAAUUUACGAUGGAGGAGGAAGUGAACAACCAGCUGGCCUUCCUGGAUGCCCUCGUAUACCGCAAGGAUUGUGGUGGACUAAAGACCAAAGUGUUCAAGAAAGCGACCAAUACGAUGCAAGUACUGAACUUCAACAGUAACCACCCAAUCAGCCACAAACGCAGUUGUGUAAGGACGCUCUAUCGGCGUGUCGAAACGCACUGCAGUGAGCCGGAAGACAAGAUUGCUGAACUAAAAUACCUCCGACGGGUAUUCAAAGCCAAUGGCUACCCGGUGCAUACGCAAAAUGGACGAAAGGCCUAA